AAGGGGGGGAAAGCGGACUAAAGGGAGGAAUACUUUCCGGGCCACGAUGUGGGAGGAAGCGGGGGGCUCCGUGACGCUGCUGUGCCUCACCGCCAGCAGUGGGGUGCCCCUCUUCUGUAGGAGCCGAGGAGGCCUUGCCAAGCCACAGCUACCAUUCUCUGUGAUUGGCUCCCUAAAUGGGGUUCACAUGUUUGGGUCCAACCUAGAUGUUCUGCUGACAGCUGCCUGUACAGAGAAUAUGCGUGUGAUGUGGAAAGUAUUUCACAACAGUAUCACGCUCAUCGUCUUGUCCUCAGAUGAAGGUACUAGUGACUUCAGCCUUGGGCGACUCCUUGAGAAUAUCUUCAAUGCCAUGGUACUGAUAUUAGGUCUGGAGGAACUGGUAAAUGCCCGUAAUAUCGAACGUCUGAAAAAGGAUCUGAAGGCAUGUUAUAAAUUGAUUGACAGUUUCCUGGAACCAGGCAAAUGCAGUGCUGACUUGACUCAGUGUAUGGAAUGUGCUGUGACACCCUCCAGGGCAGUUCUACAGGAAUGCCUAGAAGCCUUUGCUUCAGCAGCAGAGUCACGCUUUGGCUGCCUGCUUGUGGGCGGACGUGUGCUGUGCGCCACGGAGCAGUGGUGGCAGCUGGCAGCCCAGGAGGCGAUGCUGCUGGUGUGGCUGGUGCAGUCACUUCCUCCCCAUGCCUCCCGUGACCUCCCUGUUUAUCUUCCUCAUGGCAGUCCUACAGUUCCUCACCGCUUCCUGACGUUCCAACUUGUGCCUGGUUUGGAGGUGGUCCUGUUGUGUGGCCCUAAUCCCUCCUUGCAGUGCAUUACUGAUGAGCUAGUGAAGCCAUUUUGGCAACCUCUGCUGGACCUUUUGAAAGCAAGUGCCGGAGCCCCUCUUCAAUGCCUGCCUCCAGGCAUUGUUCUCGCCCCUGAGAUCCUUGGGCUGUUGCUGAUCAACCAAGAUCAGAGAAAAAGUCUAUUUACAGUACAUCCUCAUGGAAGCUGGACUGAAGGAUCUGAAAUGUCCCUGAAGGAUCGGCUCCGUGCCCUCCGCUCCUUCUAUGCCUCAGCCAUUUCAUUGUAUUUUCCCUCUGAGAAGCCAGAAGAGAAUACAACCCCUUUCCAGGAGGACUUUCAAGCUGGCUUCUCUCAUUCCCCUCAGCACUGCUAUAUGGUCUACACCACACACAAGGCUUAUGCAAUCCAUGGGAAACGGCAUCAACUCUUCCUGCUCAUGAAGCCAGAUGUGCCAACCUUUGCCCUGCGAUCCCUUGCAACCUGCACAUUACAGGCCCUCACAGUUGAGGACUCUGCUCUCUGAAGGCAAUGGUGGGCAAAGGUUUGUUACUAAACUCAGCAACCAACUGCUUUGUAUUGCUCUCAUCAGCCACCAGAAUGGAAGAGAUGAGAUGAAGUCCUUAAUGACUCUGUGUGCAAGAUGUGUUUAUCCUGCACAGAGCACAGCCUAAAUGUGUGGAGUAACUUUCACAACAUUAGAAUUCUAUUCACCCUUAAGAGGGAGACAAGUUAGUUACAAGUCUGGGCCUUGCAUCUCUCCUCCAUUUUUCUAAAGUUCAUAAUUAUGCAUUUACAACUGUUGUAUAGACAUGUACGCAUUAAAAGAAUGCACAUGGAUUAAAAUACCACUCACAACAUGGGAGAUUUGGGGAUUGAUCUUUACUAAACCUGUAUCAGGAGCAGACUAGCUCUCUGAAACUCUUACUGCCUAUUACAGGAGAAACCAGCUGAUUCCUAAUGAACCUAAAACACAGGUGUGUGCCUAUCACCUUAUGAAUAGAUAAGCAUAUUGAGGCUCUGAGGAUUAUCUGGAAAGGAAUUCUAUUGGAGCAUUGCAUCACACUAAAUACCUGGGAGUUACUCUGGACUGUUCUCUGACGUACAAGAAGCACUGCCUGAUUAUCAAGCAAAAAGUGGGUGCUAGAAAUAAUAUCAGACGAAAGCUGACUGGCGCAACCUGGGGAUCACAACCAGACACAGUGAAGACACCUGCCCUUGCGCUUUGCUGAGUACACAUACCCAGUGUAGAAUACAUCCAACCACAUUAAAACAGUGGAUGUAGCUCUUAAUGAGGCAUGCUGCAUUAUCACAGGUCUACACCCUUCGCUGCUGGAGAAAUUAUACUUUUUAGCCAGUAUUGCACCACCUGACAUCAGUCGGGAAGUAGCAGCCAAUAAUGAAAGGACCAAGGCAGUGACAUCACCAGCCCAUCCCAUGUUUGGAUAUCAGCCAGCAUGCCAACUCUUUAAAUCAAGCAACAAUUUCCUCAGACCUACAGAGACACUUGCAGGAACACCCCAGCAAGUGAGAGUCCCAAAGUGGUAGGCUAAAAGCCAGAACAUCAAUCCAUGGCUGAUACCAAACGAGAGACUCUCUCUUGGGCACACAGAAGACUAGGCAACUUGGAAGGUGCUGAACAGACUGAGCUCUGGCACCACGAGAUGCAAAGCCAACCUUAAGAAAUGGGGCCACAAAGUAGAGUCCACAACAUGCAAGUGUGGAGAAGAACAAACCACAGAUCACCUGUUACAAUGCAGUUUGAGCCCUGCCACAUUCACAAAAGAGAGCCUUCUUACAGUGACACCAGAGGCACUCCAAGUGGCCAGCUUCUAGUCAAAAGACAUUUAGUAUAAUGCCAAGUUUUAAACUUUGUGUUUUUAAAUACAACUGUGCCCUCGGCUUGCUUCUGCCACAACAAAAAAGUAGACUUCAUUUCAAUGUAACUCAGCAAAACUGCCUUGUGUUGGAUGAUGGUGGCUGUAACUGAAAAUAUCUUUACUACAUUUCAUUACCAACUCUUUCCAGCAUUGCACAUUCGCUUCCAUGUAUUUAUUCCAUAUACUUUCUUACUCCCUGAUUGUCAUAGCUAGUUUCUCCCAUUUCAUUGGGAAUCUCUUCCAUCCUCUUCAGUAUCAAGGUAUCUUGUUGUCUUCAUGCUCUUUCCAAACAAGUAAGCUGCCUCACUUGCAUUCAUAUGCUACAGAUUGUAAAACCAAGCUGGUAUGUCUAAUUCAGGCCCUGCUUGGGUUAUUAAACAAGUCAAAAUACCUCAAUUAUUUUACAGCUACAGUAUUUUAUAAAGCUGUUGCAAGCAUUAGCAAAAUAAAUACAAAACACUAAAUAGUGUAAAAUACUCUACAUAAAUACCAAA